AGGUGUGCGGCGCGGACGCGGGAGGCAGUGGCUCGGAGCGUGCGGUAGCAAUCGCGCGCAUUCACAGUCAUAGUUAUGGCUGCGAACGGGUCGGCGGCCGCGGAGUCGCGGCUCUGCCACGUGCGGAAGGUGCCUAAUUUCGAUGGAUACGGAUUCAAUUUACAUGCUGAGAAAGGCAAGCCUGGACAGUACAUCGGCAAAGUUGACGACGGUUCCCCGGCUGAGACAGCCGGCUUGCGCCGCGGAGAUCGCAUCCUAGAAGUCAACGGGCAAAGCAUCGCCGGAGAAACGCAUAAGCAAGUAGUCGCGCGUAUCAAGCAACGACCUGAUGAUGCGGAAUUGCUCGUAGUCGCUCCGGCUCCGGGCGAGCCCGUUCCCGAUCUCGAUGCUCCCGAGCGACCGGCUUCUGCAGGAUCAGUAUCCGCGCAAUCUGCAAAUGCUUCUUCGCCAGCGAGUACAAACGAUUCCUCGCCAAUUACUGAUCGCAACGAGUCGCCUUCGUCGGAGCCUCCACCACGCCUCAAUCUUCAAAUGACAGCCGCCGAGAUGCGCGCGCAACUCGCUGCGAAAAAAAAAGUUGAUCCUAAGAAGGUGCCUAUGGAUCUAAAGUCGAAGUUUGACAUCGUGAAGAAACUAUGAGGUGCUAGGAGCGGUAGUGUGCGUACGAGGGUGUAGUGCGUGUCGUAGGCUGCGCAUACGGCGCCGCUACAUGUCGUACAGUGCGGAGUGCUGUGUGGCUGUGUGCGUGGGUCACACCGGCGGCGACGGCCGCGCGGCAGGUGCGGGCGCGGCGGCGCGGGGUGCUCUCCUCGCGCCUCGCCCCGGGUUGUUAUCGUCGUACGGUGACAUCAGUGCUCUUCGAAAUCACGUUUGAUUUGCGAUCUUAUUCCCUAGUACAAUAAUUUUAGUAUUUUAAUGCGCCGCUGCUUCACCCGACAGAAUGUAACAUAUCGUGCCUUUCAUUUAUUGCCAUUGAAUGUUGUACAUAGUACAUAGGUACUGCUCGUUAUUAAGGAAUUCUAUUGAAAUUUAAUAUUAUUUUAAUUAUAAUUUAAGAGGAAAAUCGAUUUUUAUGAAAUGAUUACCUAAAUGUGUAGUUAGAUUUAUAUAAAAACUAAGUGCAAUUAUUGUUGAGUGAUCAAUAAAGGAUGUUUAAAA